AUGAAGACAUCGACGAUUGCGAUUCUACUUGCAGCCGCGGCGCUAAGCACAGCGAAUGCGCUAAAGUGCCACAAGAAUGCAACGGGUGUGUUGGCAACAUGGGAGGACACGGAAAUUCUUGACAGCCAUGUUGGGUUUGGCUGGACGCAAUAUUACCACAUGAAGGAUGGAAAGCUUGCAACGAGCAAUUUGCCUGGGGAAGAGUACGACUUUUACGUAUGUGAUGCGCCAGAAAAAUUCGUGGAAGGAGGAGGAGUAUUAAAGACGAAGGACGGAAAGAAGUGCUUGACCAACUCGUUUAUUCGAGAGCGGGAUCCAUCGCACGAUGGAUCGCAUGGAAUUGCGUACAAGCAGGUACCGGAGAAUGUGGAGAAGAAGGUGACACUGGAAGAUUGUGCUGAGGGUGGCAUGGAGCUUCGAAAACAGUGGUUUUCGCUUGGCUAUCCGGAACGGAAGGGCUGUUCAGUGCCGAUUUCAAAGGAGGGCUAUGAAAAUGAUGACACUAUGGACUUGUCAUAUGGACCGCAGGGAGUGGCGUUUGACAAGGAUGGCGGUCUAGGUUACGAUAAGAGUGAUAAAGUGAGGUACUUCCAUCGUUCUCAGAGCUACCUCAUGACGGGGAACCUGGACGCUACUUGUGUAUACAAGAACCCAGUAGAACCUGGAAAAUAG